AUGGCACCAUCUUCUCCCUUCAGAAUGAAAACUAGCCAUCAUACUCGGUCCAUCAGCUUGACAUCAAGAAACCACCCUGUCCUUACUCAGUUCAACGAACACCUAAGCAGGCUCGGGGAAACUGAAGCCACAUCUAACUCAUUGUCUUCACUUGGACAUAGGUUGAGUGGCCUUGAGGAUCUGUAUGUUUCUGUUGAUGACUUGAUCCAUCUACCUCACAUUCAACAAUCAUUAACAUCGGUCCAAGAAUCCAACAAGAAAGUAACUGAUGAUGUACUAGAUACAUAUAUCAAGAUCUUGGAUGCCUGCACCACCACCAAGGACAUCUUCUCGCAGGCCAAGCAUGAUGUCCAAGAGCUUCUUUCAUCUAUCAGAAGAAGGAAAGACACAACUGAUGCAUCUGGGAUGUAUUUGGCCUCCAGAAAGAAGGCUAAAAAGGGAAUCCUAAAAUCCCUAAGGGAUCUCAAGAAUGUCAAGAUCUCUGAAGGAGCUGAUCAACUAGAAGCUAUCCGUUUAUUCUACAAUGUCCAAUCUGUUACGAUUUGUGUGCUUGAAUCAUCCUUGUCUUAUGUUAUGGGGACAAGAGCACACUCAAGCUUGAUCUCAAAGAUAAUGAAUAAGAAAUGCAAGGAAGAUAUCAAAAAUGAAUUUGAUCAGAUCAAUGAAGCUUUGGGUGUGCAAGACACUGAGAGCAUCCAUAGACAGUUGGGAAAGAUGGAAUUGAGAAUUCAAGAUAUUGAAGAAGGGAUAGACUGCUUGUUCAAACACUUGAUCAAGACUAGAGUUUCGCUCCUUAACAUGCUUACCUACUAGGAGAUCGAUGAUAUUACAUCCCUCCAUCUACGAUUUUGACACAUCAAUGUAGUUUAAUCUGUUCAUACAUGUACAAAACAUAAGCCUAUACACUAUAAAGUACAGUACAAAUUUU